GUAUAAUAAUAUAAUAAUGAGUGUUUUUUUCUCCUGAGUGUCAGCCACAAACCAGGCUGUAUUGAAUCUGACAGCAGACUCUCUGAGGGUCUCAGACUCUGCUCUGAGGGAGAUCGCUGACCUGCUGUCAGAUGCUGAGGACAGAGUCGAAAUGACACAGUCCCUCAACCAGAGGGGUCGUAAUACCAUAACACAUCUGGAGCCUGUUCAAUCUCAGCUGGUGACAGAACAAUUGAGGCUCCUUCCUGUGACAGACAUUACUAAAGAUCUACUAAAGAAUAUAACCGACAUCUUUUUAAUGCUUGAGGAAAAUAAGAAAGAAUUUGAAAACCAUGCAGCUGAAGUAGAUGGUGCCAAGCAGAAACUCUUUAAAAUGUUAAUUAACAUCUUCCAAAUGAAAGCAAAGACAGACAUUGUUAUCAAGGUUGAAGAGGAUGCAGAGGAGCUCCGCAGAGUGGCAGCAGAUUUCCAUCAAGUGGUUCAUAAUGCUACCAUCAGUGAUUACCUGCUCGGUGUGUUGGGUAUAGGAGCUUAUAAUAGCAUCAUAAAUGCCAUACACAAUGCAGAGAUGGCAGCAAGUCAGAGCAGAGAGGCGACUGAACAAGCACUAAAGGAUGUGAAGGACGCAGGUCUUGUCAACAUGGCCAAAGGACUCAAAGAUAAUUCAACUAAUUUACGGACGGAAGCCAAUGAGACUCUGGGUGAUCUUAAAUUGCAGUCAUACACAAUAAUCACUCUCAAAGAUGGCGUGAGGAAGAUGGAAAAACUAGAAUCACUGCGAGUGGGCAUCUCUACAGCCAGUGGCAACCUCAGAAAAGACGACACAGGUGUCUCGAUAGAGUCUGCAAAAACAGUUGCGUCUGCCUCCAGCUUCACAGUCAGUAAUAUAACACAGAGACUGAAGAACAUCAGCCAAGAAGUGGAGAAAGUAACUUUGACAAAAGUCAGCAUGAAUCUUGACGAUAUGUUGGUUGAUUCAGACCAGACAUGCUCCUGCAGGCAGCCAGUGUAAACAGCAGCGAGCACAACAUGCAGAGUAUCAUCUUUAUGAGAAGCACAGCUGGCUCACUUACACCCUGCCACAGCAGGACCUCAAUUACAGGCCUCACUUCUCUCUUGACGUAAAGACAAAGUUGUCCAAAGGGCUGAUCCUCCAUGUAGCAGGGAGAGGUGUCAUCCCCCUGCUGGCUCUUUACAUGGCCAACGGCAAGAUCAAGAUGUCCCUUGGGAAAAACAGAAUCAUCGACCACAAGCAGAAGAGCAACGACGGAGACUGGCACAGAGUCAUUUACUUUAUUCUUGCUAAGCCUUUAAAACCUUCCAGUCCCACACAUUGCUUACAAUAUAGCUAAAUAUACCACUCACAAUUUGCAGUAAUUUUACGUCUUCAAAUCUACACGAGAAGCCGUAAUAUCCUGUCUCUUGCAAAUGAUGUCUGCUGUAGUUAUAUGAUGAGCUAUAAUGCUUGAACUACAUGAGUUAAUGUCCCUAGCUGAGUUUUCAUUGCUCCCAGAUGAUUUGCUUUAAAACAAAAACUGCAAAAUGAUCCAAAAUAUGCAUCAAGAAGUCUUUUGUACAAAUGUCGGUCCAAGUAUACUUUCACACCACAUUCAAAUCUUUUUAACAUGAAGAAGUCCAAAGUUUGACGGGCCUCGUUGUAAUGUUUUUGCUAAAAGUUCAAAGGUAUUGGGAAUUAAAAACUGUCUGGCAGGGAAUAACGUGUUUUUCAUGUUACCUGUGUGACAGGUCGAGUUCAGUGUGGAGAAGAGCUCUUUUCAUCUGCUGGUUGAUGGGAUCCGUGUGACUGAUGGAUACCUGCCAAACAAUGAAGGCUCCUCUUUAGACUUUCAUAACCCUGUGUAUCUGGGAGGGGAUAUCAAGGGAUAUACAACGGGACACAACAUUCCCAUAAACGGUGUUAUCGGUUGUAUACGGGAUUCUAAAUGAAUGACGUAGCUAUCGGGGAACCUAAAGGAAGCUACAAAACUGUACCCUGCUUGGAUGGGCUCACAGAGAUUGGGACAUACUUUGGCGGCGGUCAUAUCGCCUUAGG